GAGUCCUGAUAGAUAUUUUCGCGGGCUUGUCUGCGCUGUCGCUUGUUAGGGUUUUUGCGCCUUUCUCGUUUCCUCCGUAGACAUUUCUCAUCUCCCGCUCCCGCUCUGCGAGGUAUCGUUUAGGGCUUCUCUCUAUCUCUGUUUCGGUGAAGCUAUGCCUCCUCGGUCGGCCAAGAAGGCGUCCGGCACGCCGACGCCGAAGAAAUCCGCUGGGAAGUCGACCAAGGCGGCCGCGCAGAAGCAACCAGAGGCGGCACCGCCCGAGGUAGUCAAAGUCCAGGAGGAGGUUGUCGAGGAGGUGCCCGUCCAGAAGCUGACGAGUUCGAAUGGCGCGCCUGGUUCGAAAGAGGAAGAAAUGAAGGCAAGCUAUGAUGAUUAUGAUAAAGGUGAGCGCUUGGAAUUGGAGGACAAUGAACCUGAAUCUGAACCUGAAGAGUAUGGUGGUAUUGACUAUGGUGACAAAGAACUUGAUCAAGCUGACGAGCAAGCUGAAAUUGAGGAGGUUGAUGAAGAAGAUGUUGAUGAAGGUGAUGAGGGUGAGGAAGAUGGUGACAUGGUUGAGGAAGAAAUAGAAGAUGAGGGUGAAGAGAUUGAUGGCGAAGGUGAGGAGGAGAAUGAUGAGGGGGAUCAUGACACUGCUGAUGAGGAGGAAGAAGAGCAUCAUGAACUUGUGAAGGAGCGACGGAAGCGUAAAGAAUUUGAGAUAUUUGUUGGUGGUUUGGACAAGGAUGCUACUGAAGAUGAUCUCAAGAAAGUGUUCAGCCAAGUUGGUGAGGUUACUGAAGUUAGGCUCAUGAUGAACCCUCUGACUAAGAAAAACAAAGGAUUUGCAUUCCUGCGUUUUGCAACUGUUGAACAAGCUAAACGAGCUGUGGAAGAGCUGAAGAAUCCUGUGGUUAAUGGAAAGCAGUGCGGUGUUUCUCCUAGUCAAGAUAGUGACACUCUUUUUGUGGGUAAUAUAUGCAAGACAUGGACAAAGGAAGCUUUAAAAGACAAGCUGAAAAGCUAUGGAAUUGAGAAUAUUGAGGAUCUGACUCUGGUUGAAGAUUCUAAUGCUGAAGGAAUGAAUCGUGGGUUUGCCUUUUUGGAGUUCUCGUCUCGCGCAGAUGCCAUGGAUGCUUAUAAGCGCUUGCAAAAGAAGGAUGUUGUAUUUGGUGUCGAUAGGACUGCUAAAGUUUCAUUUGCAGAUUCUUUUAUUGAGCCUGAUGAUGAGAUCAUGGCCCAGGUUAGAACAGUUUUUGUGGAUGGCUUACCUGCUUCAUGGGACGAGGAGCGUGUCAAGGAUAAACUCAAAAAAUUUGGGGAAAUUGAAAAGAUAGAGCUUGCACGUAAUAUGCCAUCUGCAAAAAGAAAGGACUUUGGAUUUGUCACGUUUGACACUCAUGAUGCAGCAAUUGCAUGUGCGGAAGGCAUUAAUAAUACUGAGCUAGGUGAAGGUGACAAUAAGGUAAAAGUCAGAGCACGGCUGUCCAGGCCGCAUCAAAAGGGUAGGGGAGUAAGGCGCAGUGUCCGUGGAGAUCAUCGUCUAGGAAGGGGUGGUAUUCGAGGGGGUAGGGCACCUUGGGGCCGUGGUGCUUUACGUUUUGAAUCUAGGAGAUUUCCUGCUCGUGUCCCACGUGGUAUUACUAGUCGCGGACCUCCUCCCAGUGCUCGUGGAUUUAGAAGACCGUUUGGGUUUAGGGACAGGAGGCCUGUUGCACCUCUGGUCCCUGAGAGAGCAAGGCACAUGCCUCCAUCAGAACGGUCCUAUGAAAGGAGGCCACCUGCAGUUCCUGCAUACCCUAAAAGCAGUUCAAGGCGGGACUAUGGUAGACAUGAGGAACUUCCUCCAAGAAGCAGACCUGCAGAUUUUGGUCCCAGAAUGCCUGCUGAAAGGCGUCCAACGUAUAGAGAUGAGUACCCUCGUGGUUCUGGUUAUUCUGAUCGUGCAAUGGAAUCUGCUUCUCGUGGUGCAGCAAGAAGGGCAUAUGAAGAAGAAGGUUAUGGUCGUCGGCUUGAACAGCCUCCAAGCUAUCGUGAUGGACGUGGUCGUGAUUAUGAUUCUGUUUCAGGGUCAAAACGACCCUACUCAUCGAUGAGUGAUGUUCCAUCAAGGUAUGCUGAUGCUAGACAAUCAAGGGCUCGUCUUGAUUAUGGAGUCAGUAGUGCUUCAGCAUAUGGUGUUGGUUCUUAUGGGGAAUCUGCAAGGCUUGGAAGGAGCUCACACCUGUAUAGUGGAUCUAGCCGCAAUUCCUUGGGAGGACAAGAUGCACAUGGUUUCUACGACAGUCGUGGGAUGGGAUAUGGUGGUGGAUCUGUUGGAGGUAGUGAUGCUGGAAGCUUGUAUUCUUCAAGUUACAGGAGUGACUAUCUUUCUGGGGGGUCUGAUGUUGGUGGUUCUUAUUCAUCUCUUUACUCUAGCCGUGGAUUAGGUGGUAGUGGAUACCUGGGUGGCAGUGGCUCAGGGUCAUAUUAUUGAGGAAACUAUAAAUGCGUUGGAGACGGAUUUGUUAGAGGGACUCGCUCUUUUUUUGGUCACAUGGAUAUCUAGUUUCCCUCAUGUUAGCCCUGUACGCCCAUUGUACCAGGAUUGCCUUUCUUUACUCCAGAAGAAAGAGUUUGGGAUGUGCUAUGUAAAAUUGUAAGAAGGUAGAGCCUUAUUAUAACUUGUUCAUUUUGAGAAGAAUAAAUUAUUUACUUUUUGCAUAUACGUGAUUAACAAUGUGCUGGGCGUGUCAUCUGCUUUCAUCUUGUGAUAACAAUAUUUUUAACUCGGUUUGGAUAUUUUCUAUCUUACCUGAAAUUGGAUUCUCAACAACGUCAACCUUUUAUUCCUCAUUUUCGUAGAAAAUGAAUAUGUACAUGAUUCUUUGAUAGUUCAAACUUCAAAGAAGUAUUUUCACAUGUUCUAUGAAGAAAUUUUCCUGCUAGUUACAUUCAUAGCUGGUGAGCAAGUAAAAUCUGUGUAAAAUUUAUAAUGUCGUUCAUGCAUAUUCUCACGGUUGCUUUUUAUCUUAGAAAGGAACAAUUUUUCUUCACUUUACAUAUUGUAUAGUUUUAUUGGUUUGAAACUUUGAAUAUGUAUAUUCCCACUAUUCUUUCCCUCCAAGUUGUCUCUAAUCUCUCCUUCAUGCACGGAGGUAUUCCGGUUCCUUAACCUGCGUUCAUAUGUUGGAUGCUUUAGCACUUCUGCAGCAUUCUUAUGGUCAUUCAUCGACCUGUCGGUUCCAAACGCUGUCUUAACAUACGGAGAGAGAAAUGGUCUCUACUUCAUUACUUUUUCGUAUUUUGGGGUUAGGUGCAUCUUUUUCUGGGCUGGGGGGAUUAGAGAUGCAGAACAGAAAAUAAACAUAUAUGGUGCAGGGUUACGUUUUCUGCUUUAUUUGGAAUUUCCAGGUAGGCGGAUAGCAGUUAUGAAGUGAAGACUGACAAGUGCCCUGUCCUGAAUAUUACUCUCGCAUAUAGAUGAUGUUCCUAAGGCAGCAGUCGCAUAUCAAUGAACUGUAUUUAAACAUUUGCUUCAAUGAAAAAGUCGAUUUCUGUUGUGUUGCUA